UUAUUCUUUCCGGGUGCAGGUCAGUGCUGAUGCAGUUCUGAGAGCUAUAAACAAACUCGAGGAGAGCGGAGGAUGGAGUGAGAAAAUGGACACUUCAAGUUGUAUGUGAAAAAGUAACAGAACCGUGAGAAAAAUGAAGAAAAAACUACAGAAGUUGCAGAUACAAUGUGGAAGUAUAAAUAAACUUUAAAAAAAAAGGAAGAUCUGAAGAAAAUAAUCUACUGUUACAAAACCCUGUAUUUAUAAAUAAUCUAUUUUUACCAGAAACCAACAAACUUUAUAAAUAGUUAUUUUUGUUACAUAAAGGAAUUCUUGCUGCUAUAAAUAAAGUUUUAUUUUCAAACAUAAAAUGGGAUUCGUUUGUGGGCGUUGUAUUACUUGUGCUCCAGAUGACGCUGUAGUGAGAAAUAGAGACGGCUGACACAAAAAUAAAGAGACAUCAGUAGCAAUUUGGACUUCCCCUUCCACAUUUCCUAAAUAUACACAGCACAGCGGGUUUAAUUGUAACUUUAUUUUGUAUAAGUUUAUAAAGAUGGGAAGAAAAAAGAAAACGCUGCACGACUACGCUGCGGAAUUCACUGAUCUGGCAGUUAAAAGACAUUUAUUGGAGCAUAAGGAUUCAGGAGAGACAUCUGUGAUUGAAACUCUGUAUUGUAAAUCUUGUGAACUGCCAAUGCGGGUGAGAAGGGAUCGUAUUAUGGAGCACCUGUCUUCAGGAAGGCACUAUAGAAAUCAGCGUCUGAUUAAGCAACAUGGUAGCAGACCCUCUCUUCUCCUGUCUACAGGAGCGGACAUAGGAGGAGGUCUGUCCAUGGGACUAGAUUCAUCAUUGCUUCCUCAGCCCUCUUUUAUGUUACCCACCAAUACAUGCAGUACUAGCAUUAAUACAAGUGUCAGUGGUAACAUUGUACCCUCACCCCCAUCGUAUCAUCACCAGCCUUUACUCUCUGUACACCUAAAUACUAUUAGUUCUACCACCAACAUCAUUUCAGGCAGAGAAGAUCAGACCCCGUCAACCUCCUCUAAUCUCCCACCCUCAUUCAGCUCCGUCCAGAGACGAAAUCCACCUAUGCCUUCAAAGCACAACAACCAAAGGCUAAUUAUAUCAGAAGCUUCCAACAGUGGGGUGACUGGAGGGGUUAUUGGACAUUUUAUUGGUAGCAGCUCAUUAGGAAGUAACAUUGGCCUUGCUGUGUUUGGAGUGGGUCAUGGUAGUAAGGUUCUACUGCAGUGUUUAACAGAAGAAAGGGGAUGCUGUCUUUAUUAUGUUGUGGAAGACCAGUUUUCCGAAGUGGAGAAAGCCUUUAAUGAUGAGUUACUGUCAAAAACAAGGGUUUUACGGGAGCAGGAUGCAGAUAUCGUUCUCAAUGACCAGAGAGUAGCGGGAGUUGUCAUAUGUUCACCUCCUGAAGUAGCUUCUGCAAUAAUCUUGGAUGCGCUGAGAGCCGGUAAAGCAGUGUUGUCUGAGAAGCUUUUAAGUCUGGACCAACAAUCGGCUGAAGCAUGUUUUGAUGAAGCUGAUCGAUAUGGAAAACCACUGGUCUGUGGCUUCUACAAACGUUUUGAUCCAGCGUUGCAGUUUCUAUAUAAGAAGGUCCGCGAGAGCCGUACACUGGGGAGAAUACAGAGAAUAUCUACAGUCAAUCGCAUGUAUCCUUCACCUUCUCUCAAAGGUUUAAAAAUGUCAGGUGGAAUUUUCUACGGCUCAGCUGUUUUUGAUAUCGACGUUGUCAGCUGGUUAUUAGGAGAGAGUGCCCCAGAUACAAUAUUCUCCCUGGGACAUGCCUUCUGUCAAGAUAUGAGUGCCAUGAAAGACGCAGAUGCUGUUAACAUAAGUAUGAAGUUUCCGAGUGGAGCAAUUGUGAAUUUAGAUAUCAGCCAGCACUGUACAAAAAGCUGUGAUCAAAGACUAGAGGUACAUGGUUCUCAAGGCUCGUUACGUAUUGAUAAUCAGAACUGUCUGGGUAUUGUAGAGAAUGGUACAUCAUUGCCAUUAUAUUCACAAACACAUGAGGAAAGGUACCGGAAUGCAUAUAUAGAACUUUUUCGUCAUUUUCUUCGAACAAUCAAAGGAAAAGAGCAGCCCUCCGUCACUAAAGAGCAGUAUGUUUGUGCCGUCCAGGUAGCAGCGGCAGCUGAUCAGUCGUGGCAAAGCGGGUCAGCUGUAGACUUGCGCAAUGAGGCACUGGGGGCCUCUAUUAUCAAGACUGAAAUCAUAUGAUCUCUAGAAAGAUCACAGAGACGCUCUGUAGGAAAUUAUUUUACCUUUGCAGAGUUUUUUUAUUAUUAUUAUUUUGUGCUGUCAUUUUGCAGAUCUUCCCUUUACUGGCUUCCAAAAACUGUUUGGCACUUGCCUCAUUCUUCCUGUUUUUUUCACUUAAUGAGCAACCUUACAAGUAUUUUUUUCUUUUGAUGGGGACAUGAAGAAUUAUUUGUGACUGAGUGAAAGCACAAGGACCAAAACCAACUUGGAUCAUCCUCAAGGAUAAACAGAUUGCUCAUCAUUCGUCCUUUUCUUUUUAAUCUCUAAUUUAUUUUUCUUCAAGUUUUGCCUUUCAGAUUGGCUGUUGUUACUAAUAUUAGUAAAUCUUUUUGGUUUAUCCAGAAAUGGAUAUUUAUUGGUUUAUAUGCUGGACUACACGUCACUGCUUGUACAGUAUAUUGUAAUAUUCAGCCAUAAAUCAGGAAGGCCCUGUUUACCUGUAUGUUUAACUCCGGACAGGAUCUAUCAGUAUACAUCAUUUUGCCUGAAGACACAGCUCAGGAAAAGAAAAAAAAAAGGGAUCCAAUUGCCACUUCAUCUCUGAUUUACAAUAUAAAGUACAACCGUCCCUUUUUGGCAUAAAUUUCUUUCACAGAGAUCGGGGGGAGAUCAAUUGACAGAUGUCAGUUCAGCAGAUUUGCUCAAUAAUGAAGAAAGGAAAAUCUUUCCUUAACUAGAAAAGUACAUGAGUCAUAUACAAGAAUCUAAGGCUUUGGCACAUACAAUGUAAGGUAGCCAGUGUACAUCAGAGAGAUGUGUCAGAAAUACAGUGAUGUUAAAGGGACAUUUCAAGGCAAAAGGUACAUGAUCUAAUUUAAUAGGGGCAUUUUAUUUAUGUAUUACUUACCCUACAUAACUGUGUCUUUAAAGGGUUAAAAAAAAAACAAGAUAAAGUACAGUUUGGUAGCUACAAACAUUGGACCUCCCAAGAAGAACAUGGCUGUUGAGCCAAUCAGAAGCUGCAGUUGCGUGACUUCCAAUCAACUGCCGUAUUCUUCUCAAAAGCUGCAAUGCUUUUAGCUCCAGUAGAGCGUUUUACUUAUGUGCUUAAAUCCUACAAAAAUGGUUAAACACAAAUGUAGGGUCAGUAAUGCAGACAUUUAUUUACAAGCUUCAAUAAAUUAGAACAUUUAGUGUUUGCGUUGGAAUAUCCCUUUAAAAACGUAGUGGCAUCUUUCUGCAGGAUAAAACGUGCAUACUACAGGCAUAUAGAUUAAUUUAUGUUGCCUGAUUAACAACAUGGGGUCUAAUUAUGAAGCAGCGGAUGCUGCUUCCGACCCUCUCCGCUUUAGUUCUCACUGAAGCAGAAAUUAAGAAGCAGCGGUCCUAAGAUCGCGGCUCCUUAACUCGUCUGCCACCUCUGAGGUGGCGGACAGCAAUCAGCCUGAUCGAAUACGAUUGGGUUGAUUGACACCCCCUGCUAGCGGCCGCAAAUCUGCAGGGGGCGGUAUUGCACCAGCACUUCACAAGAACUGUUGGUGCAAUGAUAAAUGCCGACAGCAUGCAUUUAUCGAUGUGCGGCAGACAUGAUUCACUAUAACGGAUCAGGUCUGUCCGCACCUACAUAAAUAGACCCCUAUAUGUCUAAUUUAAUGAAUUUUUACAGAAUGGAUUAAUUUUAUUUGGUACUACAGUUUAAAUGUCUAUAUUUGUACAUAUAAGCUUUAUGUUUUAUUCUAUGCAUUUUAAAGACCAAAAAAACAUUGUGUCUUAAAAUAUUUUUUUUGUUUGCUUAGGGUCAGAAUGGCUUUAUUUUGAACUUUUUGAAAGUUUUGCUUUAAAUUUAGAUUUGUGCAGUUCUGAAAAAAUGCAAGGUGAUUGCUCAUACAUUUCUGCAUCUCUGUUAGUUUUAAAUAUGUUGGGCCAGAUUACAAGUUGAGCGCAAAAUAUUGCUUACGUAAAAAGCGAUAUUUGCGCUAAACUGAGUAAUACCAGCGCACGCAAAUGUGUGCUGGUAUUACAAGUGAGGUGCAAUGCGAACAUUGCACAGAAGCAUUGCGCUCACGAGAGCGCCCUUCCAUAGGCUCCAAUGUUUGCCUUGUUCUCAUGCAGUCAGACACGGCAUGAGAACUAGUGCAGCGAAGGGCGUAGGUCAUGCAGUGAUGGGCAGCGAUUUUAAAUAUAUAUGUAUAUGAUUUUAUACAUGUAUAUCUAUGUGUAUAUACACAUAUUAACAUAUGAAUAAAUAUAUAUGUAUAUAAGCAUAUUCAUAUAUAUUUACAGGGAACACAUAGUUCCCAUAAACCGCAAUGUAAUGGCACUUUUCAGUGCUGUUUUUAACAACCCACACCUGCCAUUUUUAACUCCUAAAAUCUGCCUAGUGCAGUCAUUUUUUUUUUCUCAUAAACUAAAAAGAACCUUUUCUUUUGGGGGCAUUUGGGGCACAUUUAGAAAAUUAACCAAAGAUUUGAUCUCUGGUUAAUUUUCUGAGCGCUAAUUGCUACCACAAAUUUGUGGUAGCAAUAACUAGCCACUUGAAAUGGCUGGUUACUAAUUGCACGCACGAUAAAUUAGCGCUCCACUUGUAAUCUAGCCCAUUAUUAUCAGGAAGAAUAUCAUUUAAGUACACUUGUACUACAAUAAAUAGACAUUUAUAAAUUA